GGGCCGCGGCAGCGCUGCCGGCCCCGGGGGUAUGCGCUGGGGCCAUGGCUCCCCCGGCCGGCGCCAGGCUCGUCCCGCGCACUGCGGGGAGCCCCUUCCUCGGCCUCCUCCUCCUCCUGCUGCUGCUGCCGCUGCCGUGCCCCGGCGGGGGAGCGCCGCGCCGCCGGCCCGCGGGGCCGCCCGUGGUGCUGGUUCCAGGCGACUUAGGUAAUCAGUUGGAAGCGAAGUUAGAUAAGCCAUCAGUAGUGCACUAUCUCUGCUCUAAGAAGACUGACAGUUAUUUUACACUCUGGCUGAAUCUGGAAUUGCUUCUGCCUGUCAUCAUUGAUUGCUGGAUUGAUAAUAUCAGGCUGGUGUAUAAUCGAACAAGUAAGAUUACAGAACCACCAGAUGGAGUGGAUAUCAGAGUCCCAGGAUUUGGGCAGACGUUUUCUUUGGAAUUUCUUGACCCGAGUAAAAGGAGCGUUGGAAGUUACUUUUAUAUGCUGGUGCAGAGUUUAGUAGACUGGGGCUACAAACGUGAUGAAGAUGUAAGAGGAGCACCUUAUGACUGGCGAAAGGCACCAAAUGAGAAUGGAGACUAUUUUGUGGCACUUCGCAAGAUGAUCGAGUUAAUGUAUGAGCAGUAUGGAAGUCCUGUUGUCUUAAUUGCCCACAGUAUGGGUAAUAUGUACACCCUGUACUUCCUCAACCAGCAGACUCAGGAUUGGAAGGACAAGUACAUCAAGGAUUAUGUGUCACUGGGCGCUCCCUGGGGAGGGGUGGCUAAAACUCUCCGUGUGCUGGCCUCAGGUGACAACAACAGGAUACCCGUUAUCAGCUCACUCAAGAUCAGAGACCAGCAGAGGUCGGCAGUUUCCACAAACUGGAUGCUCCCGUACAACUACACGUGGCCUCCAGACAAGGUGUUCGUGAGCACCCCCACGGCCAACUACACUCUGCGGGAUUACGGGCGGUUCUACCGCGACAUCGGCUUCGAGGACGGCUGGCUGAUGCGGCAGGACACGGAGCCGCUGCUGUUCCACAUGGCCCCGCCGGGCGUGCGCAUCCACUGCCUCUACGGCAGCGGCGUGGACACCCCCGACUCCUUCCACUACGAGAGCUUCCCCGACAGGGAGCCGCGCAUCCUGUACAGCGACGGGGACGGCACCGUGAACCUGCAGAGCGCCCUGCAGUGCCGCCGCUGGCUGCGCAGGCAGAAACAGGAGGUGCUGAUGUUCGAGCUGCCGGGGAACGAGCACAUCCAAAUGCUCUCCAACGACACGACCAUCGCCUACGUGAAGAAGCUGCUUUUUGAUCUGUGAUAACCUUGUGUCGAUAGUUAUUUUCCUCACCUGGGAUGCCUUCCCUUAAAUAUGGGAAAAUGCCUUUUAAUCCCCUGAUAUUUAGAUAUUUGAAUUAUUUAUUUUUCUUUUUUUAAAGGUUGUGUUCAAGAAGUUGUUUGAUGUCCUAAAUGUUGUUUGUCUCUGAUUUGUGUUUAUGAUGCUUCAUGGAAUUUUCACAUUCUGCAAAUUUGAUCAAAUAUGCAUUUUGGUGCCUGUGGUGUCGUCCAAUGUUCACACAGACUUUCACGCAGAGACUGUGCGGCCCCUCACACAUACUACAUGGAACCAUAGAUACCUGAGUCCUUUGUGUGGUCUGUGCAGGUUUGGAGUGGGAGGGUUAGGAAGGAUUGCAGUUUUGGAUGCCCAUAAGACAAGGGAAUGAUAUUAACAACUUGGAAAGCACAGAAAACUUUUUAAAGGGUCUUGCAUGUUCUGAUCCCCAGUUCCCAGUACCUUAGUUUGUAAAUGCACAUGUCUACGAGGUAAGACAGGGAACAGGCCUGCCUGGAACUGUGUUACUGUUGUUGAAAUCCAGCUUUCUUUUGCUACAGCUUUUGGGGAAAAAUGAUAAUGUGGGAAUUACUUGAAACUUCUUUAUUAGCUGUCCUUCUGGGUUUUUUAAAAAGAAAUUGUUUGCUCAUCAACUUGUAGAACCCUGAUGACAUACAGUCUGGAGUCUGAGGAAUUCUCACCCUGUGCUUUAUUUAUCAGUGAGGGAAUGAUGCUAAACUGGUUGGUGCCUGUAAUAACUGUAGCUGUGUGGAGUAGCACAUAAAUCAAAGCUAAUUGAAUACUGGCAAGCAAUCUAUACAGUAUGGAAUUACAUUUCUGGGUGAAAAACCAUCUCCUGUAGUGGAAAUGGUAAUGGAUGGUGGGCAGGAUUUCAAAGAGAAGUGAACUUCCUGAAGUGGGGUGGGGAAUGGAAGCCAGCAUGAUGCCACAUGGAGUAUAAACCUUGCUCUCAGUCAAAUACUUCAUCUCUGUCCCAGGUACUGACCAAGCAGCGAUUGGAUCAACAUUGCACUCCACUGAAAAGAAUGUUUUUUGGCUUAAGACUAAAAGUAAUUUCCCGUUAUUUUCAUUAUUGCUGUUUCAAGAAGUUGGAAUAUGCUGUUCCUUAAAUGUUUCUAUAAAUUGCUGAACAUGCAAAUCUGUUAAUUUCCUACAGUAUUGUUUUACUCAAUGUUAAAAAAGAAUAAUUUCAACUCUGACAUCCACAGAAGUGCUGGCCUAAGGGCCAUCAUAUUUACAACCUUGAUUACAGAAGUCCUGUUGGAGAAAGUGUCACCCAGAGAUUCUCUUUUGCUUGCUUUAAAACCAGUCAUCCAGUUAGACUGCACUUAGUUUUCUGAAAAUGCAAUUUAGAAUGCUUUCAAAAUGCUAGGUUCUCCAAGAAAAGUGUUUUAAUAGUUUCAGAAACUCAUCAAAUUAUUAAGGGCUUACUACUUAAGAAACUGAAGUUGUCUAAAGGGUCAAGUUUUAACUAAUACCAUGCAUAAAAUGUUUGCUGCCAUUGGACAUAUCAGUAGGACAUGUUGAAAUGAUGGGCUUGAACUCUUGUUACUGUAGAAUGGAAACAUUUUGGUAGGUU